AUGCUCCAAUUUCUGAUUGGCGUUCUUGUCGGAGUCGCUAUUGUUGUUGUUUUUCUGUAUAUAUAUGUUUUCAACCCGUUUAGACCACCAGUCGAGCAUGAGCAGCCUCCCAUUGAGCAAUUUCGGCCUGUUCAGAUACCCGAGGAAUUGCGCAAAUUUCUGAAAUCUGGUGAUGAUGGGCAGGGUAUUUCAAAAUGGGAAUCUUGUAAUUCGAUAAGUCUACUUCUGCAUAUUUUAUUUCAAGAGCAUAAAGAUACACGAGCGAUUCGAAGAUGGGUUCAUAAACGGCUUCAAAUGGAAAUGAAUGAUAUCACAACUCGUUCAACUGCCGGUCGACUUAUUCAAGAAAUACGAAUUCGUGAAUUAUCAUUAGGUGUCAAAUUUAUGACAAUCAACUCAAUUCGCGUGGAAAAUGUCGAAAUGGCUGAUGAUAAUAGCACAUUCGAGAAAAUUGUGUUCAUACUCGAUAUCGAUUAUUCUGGAGGUUUUGAGACGUCGAUUGAUGUUGACACAAUUAUCACAAAGAAAGUCAGCUUGUCUGUUAAGAUUACAAAACUUGCUGGAAUGGUUCGAGUGAUUCUUUCAAGAAAACCCUACCAUCAUUGGACGUUCUCAUUUGUAUCUCAACCGAUUUUCGAGACAGACAUCAAUUCUCAAUAUCAAGGCCACCAAUUAAAGCGUUUAAUUCCGAUCAUAAAGGAAGCAUUCCGUCGAAGUCUUCAGAGGAAACAUGUGUGGCCGAAUUACAAGAUUCGCUAUCGUCCAUUUUUCCCGAAUCCGAUAUUCCAAGCAUCACCUCCGAUUCACAGUUUUUCGCAUAUAAAACUUGAAGGAGGAAUGGAGGUCACCGUUUUACAGUGUAGUCGACUCAAAAGAUCUCUUCUCGAUGACAAAAAUAGAAAUUACGAGGUGUUUUGCACGGUUGCCAUGGCGUAUCGUCCAUUAGUACAAAAUGAGGAACAGGGUCAUUGUGUGAGUGUACUUUUGACAUUCUCGAGAUAUGAUCUACUUGCUCCAAUUGGUUUGGUUUUCGAAAAGGCCACAAAUGCAUCGAAACCUGUUCGAGUUCUCAGUGUUGAAGAUAAUAGUCUCGCUGACAAAGCUGCUUUCAAACCAGGCGAUGUUCUUGUUGCGAUCAACAAUGUUCCAAUUCGAUCCGAACGCCAAGUCACACGAUUCCUUCAGCAAACCACUGGUGAAUUGACAGUUCUAGUUGAAAGAAGUCUUGAUGAUAUCGACGACGAAGAAUUGAAAGACAAUAUCGUAGUUAGCGACGUUCGCGAUGUUGACGAGCCAAAAUCCGACAAUCCGAUCGAAUCGGUCCGCGAUGAAGCCUUAGUCGAGAGGAACGUGGUUCCGAAAAACAGUCCGAUCAGUCACGGAGCCUGA